AUGGCACCCGUGCCUCUUGAGCAGCAAGUCAACUACCAGUCCGUCGCUCUAGUCGCUGGGCAUGUCAUCGCCGCGGUGCUCCUGACGGUGGGGGUUGGGCGGAGCCUGUACCGGUCCAAGCGCGCUCUUGGCCCGGCACAGGACACGAGGGAACGAGAACACUCGCGCGCAACACUCAUCCCGGUAUUUGCAAUUCUGGCGUUGUUGAGUUUGGGCAGUGCGAGCUAUGCGGCCCUUCAGCAUGCUGUGCUAUCGUACAAGGUCUGGGCUGGAGAGCGAGACAUCGCGGUCCCACUCAGAGUCUACGGAGACAAAGGUAUCUUUCCGUUUGGGGAGAAUGCGACGGAUGUGUACCCAGGUCUGUGGAUGAGCGACACGCCUGUUCAGCUCGAUAGUUUCGAGAUCCUGGCCGAACGAGCGCGUCGCUUCUGGUGGGGGCAGCAGAUCGAGCUGGGCCUCAUCCCCUGGAAUCUGUUCCUGUCCGUCGAGGGUCGCCGUCGCAACAUGUCCAAUCUGUGGGCGUACUCUUUGCUCGGCCAGCUGGUCUCGCUAUCGUUUGGGCAGAAUCUCUUCUUCAUCGCACUGCUGCUGACGCCGUCACCCCUGCCGCCGCGUGUCGGGCGGUUCUUCACCCGAAAGCCUAGCACGUGGACGCCCUCCACCUUCAUCAGCGCACCGUGCCUGGGUCUGGCAUAUGCAGCCUUGUGGAACGCACGUCAAGCAGUCAACAGCCCAAACGCUGCAACAGCUGUGCUGGUCAGCAGAGCGCUCACGGUGAUGCCCCUGGUGCUGCUGUACUUGUUGCCAACAAGCUGGGGUCGCACCUUGACUAGUCAUCGCGAGACUCACCAAGCCUACGCGACUUUGUUCAAAUUGGCAUCCCUCGGCAGCUUCGUGUUGCACGUCAAGGCUUCAUACGAGGGCCUGCUUCACAGCGCACCGAGUGCAUACUACCACCGCCACAGCCAAUACUUGCCAUUUGACGUGGAGAAACGAUCGGCAUGGGAGAGGACAACGAGCGCUAUUGGGAGGAUCUUGAGCGCAACCUCGGAUCAUCCCGUGGUCAGUGGUGCUGGAUUCGAUGUACUGCUCUCAGGGACGAGUUUGGGUCUUUGGGCAGCGGUGCGCGCGACGAAUGUUGCUGACAUUCUCGCCGCGUCGAUUCCGUGGUACUCGCACGCACAGCAUGAGCGGGACCUUGAGCAUCGCGAUGCUGACAAGUCCCCUCGGGCGGUAACAACCAAGCCUCGCCAUGAUGAGCAGGCUUCCUCGCCGCGUCGCCGCGGACGACCUCGCAAGGUCAAGAGAGAGUCUGACGCCGUUAGUGACGCUUCGUACGAGCCCACGCCAUCAGAGGCUGCCGCAUUGGUCGAAGGCGAUGAAGUUGCGGAAGCCGGUGAGCUGGAUUGGGAAUCGAGCGCUGUUGCUUGGGGGCUGACAGCAUUGGGUGGUCUCGGGGCCGGGAGCGCGGGGGUAUUGGGCAGUGAGUGUGUUGCGCGAUGA